GUCAAAGUUGUUGGAGGUAGCCACGGUUCUUGCCGGAAGUUACCCCGAAAAGUUAAUUGAAGAAAACAUCCCCUGUGCAAAUCAACCUACUUCUUCAAACGGUUCGCGAUUUCGUUGAGUAACAAAGGAGAUAUGGCCCGAAAACCGGGGCUGAAGUCCUCUAGUUUAUCAAUUGGAUCACGUACCCCUUCAAUCCAACUCACGAUUCCAGCACUGAAUUCCAUUGACCCACGAUUCCUUCUCUCUGAAUCUCUAAAGCGCUCGCUCGGAACGAUGAAGAAAUCGAGUCAUUUCUUGAAGAGCUCCAAAGAUAAGCUCACGAAAGGCUUCAAUUCAUCCAAAUGCAAGACGUCGCUAAAGCUGGCGUCCUCGAGACUGAAGCUGUUGAAGAAUAAGAAGGAAGUGCAAGUGAAGCAGAUGAGGAGGGAGCUUGGGCAGUUGCUUGAAUCUGGGCAUGACCAAACUGCUCGAAUCCGGGUAGAACAUGUCGUUAGGGAAGAGAAGAUGAUGGCAGCAUAUGAUCUUCUAGAGAUAUACUGCGAGUUAAUUGUUGCACGCUUGCCUAUAAUUGAAUCACAAAAAAACUGUCCCAUUGACUUGAAGGAAGCCAUUGCUAGUGUAGUUUUUGCCUCACCAAGAUGUGGAGACAUACCGGAACUUGCAGAUGCCCAGAAACACUUUACAGGAAAAUAUGGGAAGGAGUUUAUCACUGCAGCAGUUGAACUGCGUCCCGAUUGUGGUGUUAGCCGCCUUUUAAUUGAAAAAUUAUCUGCCAAAGCACCUGAUGGGGAAGCCAAGUUGAAAAUACUGACGGCAAUUGCAGAAGAACAAGGCAUCAAAUGGGAUCCUGAUUCAUUUGGGGCGUCAGAUUUACCUGUUAAUGACUUGCUGAAUGGACCAAAUACAUUCGAGAGAGCUUCCAAGGUGCACGAGGAACCUCCUCCCUCUGAAUAUCGGGAUGCUAGGACUCCAACUACCCAGAGUCAGGUGUCAAAUGAUUCUCUGAAGACAUCAGAAGAGAAAUUCAGAUCCUCAAUGGGAAGACAAACUUUUGCCUCCCCACAAGGUGGCACUAGUGGUGUACUGCCCACUCAAUCUUCCCAACUUGAACAGAGACAUUCAGGUUUUAGGUCAGAAAGGACCAAUGCUGGGCAAUCAUUUCCAGAGGAUGGAAACUUUUCUAAUGAUAGGCAGAAUUGGAAUAUGGAAUUCAAGGAUGCUGCAGCUGCUGCUCAGGCAGCAGCUGAGUCUGCAGAACGGGCAAGUAUGGCUGCAAGGGCUGCUGCAAAACUUUCUAGGAUGUCAGAGAGGUACCAAACAGAAUCACCUACAUCUCAGGUAGGCAUUGAACAGCAAGUAUACUCCGGUGCAUCAAUACGGAAAGCUGAACAGCACCAAUAUCAAGAUUUAGCUGAGAGAAAUGCUGGGUUUCAAGAUUAUAAUAUGAAGAAAGCCAGCAGUCCUGAAGAACCAGACAGGUCAAAAGAAGAGCAAGGUAAAGUGGAAAAGGUUGCCAACAAGCCCGCUUCUGCCAAGUUUGAACCCCAAUACAUGAGUGGCUAUGAGGAAGAUAUAAACUAUUUUGGAGAAGAGAGUAGUUCGGUAGAAGUUAAUAAUGUUCCUUCUACUUAUGAUUCAAGAACAUCAAUGGACGGCGAUCACAGUCAUAACCAAAAUGUUACGUAUGAUGUGGGCAAAAACUUUUUUGCCGCUGCAGAGGAAGUACAUGUCAACCCGGGAAAUCUGAAUACAAAUUCUCAUGAUGCAGAGUUUGCAGUUUUUGAUAAAUCUAGCUCCGAUGGUGAUGGUUAUGAUGAUAUUCAUUUUCAAACAGAGCCCUUAUAUGAUGACCAGCAGGCAAAAUUAUAUUUUCCAUCACCUGAAAGAAAAUUGUCAGAAAGCUCUUUGACCUCACAGAUUUUUGUACAAAGACGCGACUCACCUCCCGAGUCACCUAAAAGAUUUGAA